AUGAGCUCCCAGAUUUGUCAGAAUUAUUCCACCGAGGUGGAGGUCGCCAUCAACUGCCUGGUCAACAUGCACCUGCAGGCCUCCUACACCUACCUCUCUUUGGGCUUCUAUUUCGACUGCGACUAUAUGGCUCUGAAGGGCAUGGGCCACUUUUUCCGUGAAUUGGCUGAGGAGAAGCGCGAGGGUGCCGAGAGUCUCUUGAAAAUGCAAAAGCAGCACGGUGGUCAUGCCCUCUUCCAGGAUGUGCAGAAGCCAUCUCAAAAUGAGUGGGGUAAAACCCAGGACACUAUGGGAGCUGCCAUUCUCAUGGAGAAGAACCUGAACCAGGCCCUUUUGGAUCUGCAUGCCCUGGGUUCUUCCUGUGCAGGCCCCCACCUCUGUGACUUCCUAGAGAGCCACUUCCCAGAUGAGGAGGUGAAACUCAUCAAGAUGGGUGACCACCUGACCAACCUCUGGAGGCUGGCUGAUCUCUAG